GGGGCCGCGGGCGGAAGUGGGUGUGACAGGGACGGGAGCCGAGAGGGCACGCGGAGGCGAGGUACUGGGCAGUGAGAGCCGCUGGGAAGGUCGAAGUCAUGAUACCCCCGCAGGAGGCGUCCGCCCGGCGGCGGGAGAUCGAGGACAAGCUGAAGCAGGAGGAGGAGACGCUGUCCUUCAUCCGAGACAGCCUGGAGAAGAGCGACCAGCUCACCAAGAACAUGGUGUCUAUCCUGUCAUCCUUUGAGAGUCGCCUUAUGAAGCUGGAGAACUCCAUCAUCCCUGUGCACAAACAGACGGAGAACCUGCAGCGGCUGCAGGAGAAUGUUGAGAAGACUCUGUUCUGUCUGGACCACGUUAUCAGCUACUACCAUGUGGCCAGUGACACUGAGAAGACCAUCAGGGAGGGCCCCACAGGUAGGCUGGAAGAGUACCUGGGAAGCAUGGCCAAGAUUCAGAAGGCUGUGGAGUAUUUCCAGGACAACAGCCCAGACAGCCCAGAGCUCAACAAAGUGAAGCUGCUGUUUGAGCGGGGGAAGGAGUCGCUGGAGUCCGAGUUCCGCAGCCUGAUGACCCGGCAUAGCAAGGUCGUGUCCCCUGUGCUCAUCCUGGAUCUGAUCAGCGGUGAGGACGACCUGGAGGUACAGGAGGAGGUGCCCCUAGAGCAUCUGCCUGAGAGUGUGCUGCAGGACGUGAUCCGCAUCUCCCGCUGGCUGGUGGAAUAUGGCCGCAACCAAGACUUCAUGAACGUCUACUACCAGAUCCGCUCCAGCCAGCUGGACCGCUCCAUCAAAGGCCUGAAGGAGCAUUUCCGGAAGAGCAGUUCUUCGUCUGGGGUCCCCUACUCCCCUGCUGUCCCCAACAAGAGGAAGGACACACCUACCAAGAAGCCGGUCAAGCGGCCAGGGACGAUCCGUAAGGCUCAGAACCUUCUGAAACAGUAUUCCCAGCAUGGUCUAGAUGGGAAAAAGGGGGGCUCUAACCUCAUUCCUCUGGAAGGGAGAGAUGACAUGCUGGACGUGGAGACCGACGCCUACAUUCACUGCGUCAGUGCCUUUGUCAAGCUGGCCCAGAGCGAGUACCAGCUGCUGAUGGACGUCAUCCCUGAGCACCAUCAGAAAAAGACCUUUGACUCUUUGAUACAGGAUGCCCUGGACGGGCUGAUGCUUGAAGGGGAGAACAUUGUGGCUGCUGCCCGGAAGGCCAUCAUCCGACACGACUUCUCGGCUGUGCUCACCGUCUUCCCCAUCCUGCGGCACCUCAAGCAGACCAAGCCUGAGUUUGACCAGGUGCUCCAGGGGACGGCGGCCAGCACCAAGAACAAGCUGCCCAGCCUCAUCACCUCCAUGGAGACCGUUGGAGCCAAAGCGCUGGAGGACUUCGCUGACAACAUCAAGAACGACCCGGACAAGGAGUACAACAUGCCCAAGGAUGGCACCGUGCAUGAGCUCACGAGCAACGCUAUCCUCUUCCUGCAGCAGCUCCUGGACUUCCAGGAGACGGCGGGCGCCAUGCUGGCCUCCCAAGAGACCAGUUCCUCAGCCACCAGCUACAGCUCCGAGUUCAGCAAGCGCCUCCUGAGCACCUACAUCUGUAAAGUCCUGGGCAACCUGCAGCUGAACUUGCUGAGCAAGUCCAAGGUGUAUGAGGACCCGGCUCUGAGCGCCAUCUUCCUGCACAACAGCUACAACUACAUCCUCAAGGCGCUGGAGAAGUCUGAGCUGAUCCAGCUGGUGGCCGUGACCCAGAAGACUGCCGAGCGCUCCUACCGCGAGCACAUCGAGCAGCAGAUCCAGACUUACCAGCGCAGUUGGUUAAAGGUGACUGACUACAUCGCUGAGAAGAACCUACCUGUGUUCCAACCCGGAGUCAAGCUUCGGGACAAGGAGCGGCAGGUGAUCAAGGAACGUUUUAAGGGCUUCAACGAUGGCCUGGAAGAAUUGUGCAAGAUACAGAAGGCGUGGGCUAUUCCCGACACAGAGCAGAGGGACAAGAUCCGCCAAGCCCAGAAAAACAUUGUUAAGGAGACCUACGGGGCCUUUCUGCACAGGUAUGGCAGCGUGCCCUUCACCAAGAAUCCUGAGAAGUACAUCAAGUACCGUGUGGAGCAGGUGGGCGACAUGAUCGAUCGCCUGUUUGACACCUCCGCCUGAGCCGCCACUGCCCCUGCCUGGCUCUGCCAGACCAGCCAUGUUAUCGGACAGAUAAACCAGUGUUAACUUG